AAAAAAAAAAAAAAAAAAAAGAUACAAUGGUCUCAGGAAAGAAAAGUUGCAGAAAUUGGUUGGCUAAAACCACAGCUGGUUUCACUAGACAGGUAUGUAAAGCUGAUUGUAUAUAAAACCCCACAAGUCUCAGCUAAUGGGGCUUUAAGAAACAUCACAUGUCUAACGGUAGACUGAAACAGGGAUCAUCUGAAACUCCUUUCACAUUUUUUACUUAUUUUAUCAGAAAGAAGUAAAGCAACCAAAUCUCUUUCUUUUUUUCUGUAGUCCCUCAAACCAACUUGCAUCACUUGAUUAGACAAUACCAACUUUGAGUAUCUAGAUUCUAGAAGAAUUAAAAAAUGAACAAGAAACUUCGCAUGUCUAAUGGUGGCAUGAAUAUAGUACCAUUUUUCUCCCCAAAUUCCUUUUUCGCUUUCCCUAGGUGCUGUGAUCUUUCUAACGAUUCAAACUUAGCCAAAUGGACAACAACCUUGAGCAUUCUCUCUAUUCAUCUCUCAAAGCGUAGGUACAAAACUUAAUAUCAGGAAACCAUAUCAAAACAAAAAAGACCUUGACCCUCAUAAGAUAAAGGGAAAUCAGUUUGAAAAUGGUGAAUCAUGUGGCGAUUGGCGAAAACAUUAUUUAUAUCCUUCAAUAUCUAUCUCUCAUUUAACACAAUCCUGAUCGAGCUCUUAACAUUAUUAGAAGGUCCAGAGAACAAUAUCCAAAGCAAAUGGACCAAAAGAAGUAAAAGAAUCAGGACCUGACUUCUUCCAAUGUUACACCCUCAAACCUCAGCAGGAGUCUUUGCCACAAUAGAGAGAGCAUGUAACCCGCUCUUCAACUCAUCUUGCAACAAGUCAUAUAUCAGCCUAUGUCUCUUGACCAAGCUUUUACCUUGGAAAGCAUCCGAAACGAUUCGCAAGUUGAAAUGUGUUUCCCCAUCAUCACCAGCACUACCUCUAACAGCGGCAUGUCCUGCGUGCUGGUAAGAAACAUCUUCAACUUCUAACUCAACAGGAUCUAGCUCCUUCUCCAAUUUCUCUCUUAUCCUCAUCCCUCUACUCCCUAAAGCAACAACAUUUGACCCACUCUCAGAAUCAUCAAUCUUUUCUGUUCCCAAAUCCUCAACUAGAUCAGGUUUAGACUCCAAAUCCACCUCCGGAACAUUAGCUUCGUCCUUAGUCUCAGGAAUAGACACAAAGCUGGAUUCUGAACUCUCUCCAGAACUUGAAUCUUCCUCACCUUUGACUUCCAAAUGAAGAGCCUUUUUCUGCAUCAGCUUAAGCAUAUUAAGUAAUCCAUUGUUUCUAGAAGGAGACAGACUCUGCUGCAACCCGAGAAGAACAGCGAAAUCAGGUGUUAUCCUCAAAAUCUCAGGGACAGGUCUUCCAGAUAAACCCUUGACUAAUAGAGCAGCUAACCCUUUAGUGAGAACCGAAUCAGAAUCAGCUUCAUACACAACAUUACGUUCCUCAUCAAAGAAAGCCCUAACCCAAACCUGAGAAACACAUCCUUCUACUUUAUUCUCCCUCGUCUUGAAUUGAGAAUCGAGAGGUGUCAGAUUCUUCCCGUAGAACAUAAGCUGCUCGUAUUUAGCCUUUGGCUCUUGUACCGAUUGGAAAAGCUUGACGAUCUCUUGUAGCUUCGGUGGAAGCUCUUCGAUUGGUUGAAGGUCUCCAUAGCUCGACGGAGAUGAUGAAGCCGAUGGUGGAGGAACAAUCCCGGUUGAAAUUUUCUGGAAAGUGAUGAUCGUCCGGCGAAAGGAAGGAACUUCCGACGGUUUUAGUGGUCGUAGAAGAAGGGUUUUGGCCGGAUAAUGGAUUGAAGAAAACAAGGUCCGUUUGAAUGGGAUUAAACGAAGCGAGGAAGCGCAACAAGAAGAAGACAUCGCUGCUGCCAUAGUCGCGAACUUGAAACUUCGAGAGAGACUGAGAUGAUGAUGAAAGCUCUCCUUCUUCACUUUUUCUGAGUCAAAAACCAAUACCGCCAAUUAGGUAGUAACCGGGAAUUAAACCGGGAAUGUACCAAAAUCCAAAAAUUAGAUGUAAAAUCAAUUGUGGGGUUGAUUAUGAAUAAUUAGAAAGUAUACGACUCUUUUCAUAAAUAAGGAAAAGAAAAAGAUAUCUAGAUUUUUUUUGUUUUGUUUUGAAGCAUCGUCUUCCUGGUUCUUCGUUCUCUUGCGUUCGUCACCUCAAACACGUCCGCCAUUAUUAUAUAUCAAAUCAAUCAUGUCCGAAUCCAGCUUUUACCAAUAAAGAAACUGCAUCUCCGUUUUUUUUUCUGAUUUGAGGCUUUCCUUAGAUCCUUGAGAGCAAAACUGAAUCUGGAAUUGUCGUCGGGAUGGGUUCUAAGUCCGUUGUUGACAUGAUCGAAGCUGCCUCGCGGGCACAUUUUUCUGGUUUACACGUGAAUGGGCACAUGAAUGGGUUGGAACCAAGUGCACUUAAGGAAACCACUUCUGCAUCAGAAGAUAUCCAAAGACAGCCUUUUGUAAUAGGUGUUGCUGGAGGCGCAGCAUCGGGAAAGACUACUGUUUGUGAUAUGAUAAUCCAGCAACUGCACGAUCAGCGUGUUGUACUUAUUAACCUGGACUCGUUCUAUCAUAAUCUGACUGAAGAAGAACUUGCUAGAGUUCAUGAAUACAACUUUGAUCAUCCAGACGCAUUUGACACAGAGCAUUUAUUGUCUUGUAUGGAGAAAUUGAGGCAAGGGCAAGCUGUAGAUAUUCCAAAAUAUGAUUUUAAAACUUACAGGAGCAGUGUUUUCAGAAGGGUAAAUCCUACAGAUGUAAUAAUUCUUGAAGGGAUACUUUUGUUCCAUGAUCCACGCGUCCGAAAGUUGAUGAACAUGAAGAUUUUUGUUUGCACAGAUGCUGACGUUCGUUUGGCAAGAAGGAUAAAAAGAGAUACUGUCGAGAAUGGUAGAGAUAUCGGCACAGUACUUGACCAGUACUCAAAGUUUGUGAAGCCUGCUUUUGAUGACUUCAUUCUUCCAACGAAGAAAUAUGCAGAUAUUAUAAUCCCUCGUGGUGGGGAUAAUCAUGUAGCUAUUGACUUAAUUGUGCAACAUAUUUGCACCAAGCUGGGUCAACAUGAUCUCUGUAAAAUAUAUCCUAAUCUCUACGUUAUACACUCGACAUUUCAGAUAAGAGGGAUGCACACCCUUAUACGAGAUUCUCAGACAACCAAACAUGAUUUUGUCUUCUAUUCUGAUCGAUUGAUUAGGCUGGUUGUAGAACAUGGUCUUGGACAUCUGCCUUUUACUGAAAAGCAAGUGAUUACUCCAACCGGAUGUGUGUAUUCUGGUGUGGAUUUCUGUAAACGGUUAUGUGGUGUCUCGGUGAUUAGGAGUGGUGAGAGCAUGGAGAAUGCGUUACGAGCAUGUUGCAAAGGUAUCAAGAUCGGGAAGAUCCUAAUUCACAGAGAAGGUGACAAUGGUCAACAGCUUGUUUAUGAGAAAUUGCCAAAUGAUAUCUCAGAGAGGCAUGUCCUAUUGUUGGAUCCUAUUCUCGGGACAGGAAACUCAGCGGUUGAAGCUAUCAACCUCCUUAUAAGCAAGGGCGUACCUGAGGGAAACAUCAUAUUUCUAAACCUUAUCUCAGCACCUCAAGGUGUUCAUGUGGUCUGCAAAAAAUUCCCAAGAAUAAAGAUAGUGACAUCUGAAAUCGAUAAUGGGUUAAACGAAGAGUUUCGUGUUAUUCCUGGUAUGGGGGAGUUUGGGGACAGAUAUUUUGGCACAGACGAUGACUAGGCCACUGUGUUCCUGCAGCAUUAGUUGUCCCAUCCAUGUCCUGCAUAGCAGUUUACUGAUGCAUUCACCAUCCUAUUCUCUACAACGGCUACACAAACUAUCAAAGGAAUCACCUUUAACUUUGUUGGUUUUCCCAUUUAAACCCCCUCAAGGUGUUGGGAACAGUUUUGUUUACUUAUAAAUGCCCAAGUGAGGGGUUGAUCGAUCCCGGGACUUGGGAUUCGGUGUACCAUAUAUAAUUACCCUUGGAACUCUUGAUAAUUCAUCUACAACUCUUGUGUACCAUAUAUAAAUAUCCUUGGAACCCUUGAUACUCCAUAAGCAUAAUACAUUUGGCUUCGAAAGGAACAUGUGGGCCAAUGGUUGCACC